CGCUUUACAAUAGAACAAUAGAAAGCUGAAGCUUCUCUGUGACAAUACAUUUUUGUCUUUAUAGGUUGAAAGAAGACAAGGACACCUGCAUGCGGCCAGUGAAGAUGCUCUCUACUUGGACUUCAGCUAUUUAAGCUGAAUACAUUGUGAUUUCCAGUAAUUGAGACAGUGAUUCUGAAAGCUGUCUACAUUAAUGAAAAGAACAAUGUAGUCAGCUUAACUGAAUCAUCAGUGUUGCAUAUUGAAUAGAGCAUGACAAAAAUCUAUCCUGACGGACUUCUGCAUGUUAGGAAUAUAGAUUAAAGCCUUGUUUUUUUAAAUAAGUUUUAACUAUGGAGAUGUAUGAAAAUGCACCUCCCCUUCCAAAAGAGCCAGCAACAGAAGCCAGUGUGGAGAAUGAUUCUUGUCCCCCACCACUGCCGCCUAAUGAACAGCCUCCACCACCUCCCCUGCAAACGUCCAGUGACGCAGAGGUAAUGGACGUUGGCUCUGGUGGUGAUGGACAGUCAGAGACCCCUGCUGGGGACCCGGGCACUGUCGACAGAACGCAGCUUCUCACAAAAGGAUCUUCAUGCUACAAAAGUCGUCUUAUUGUAGAUCCUAAUAGUGACCAAAGUCCAAGAACUGCUCGUCAUGCGCCUCCAGUUAGAAAGUUCACCCCAGAUCUUAAGUUGCUUAAAGAUGUAAAGAUUAGUGUUAGCUUUACAGAAAGCUGCAAAAGCAAAGACAGAAAAGUUCUGUACACUGGAGCAAAGCAAGAUUAUGAGACAGAUUCAGGCUUAGGUAUUAAUAAUGUCAAUGGUGAUUUGCAUGUUUGUCCUUUUGGGGGUAGUAAUGGUCAAGCUAUGCGGGUAGCUGGUGAAACUGAUGACAAAAAAGAUGAUGAAAAUGAUAUAGAUCAAGAAAAGCGAGUGGAGUAUGCAGUUCUGGAUGAUUUAGAAGACUUUACUGACAACUUGAUGGAAAUAGAUGAAGAAGGAGGGUUUACAUCAAAAGCAAUUGUUCAGAGAGACAAAGCGGAUGAAGAGACCUUGAAUUAUUCUUACGAGGAUGAGUUUGAUAAUGAUGUGGAUGCUCUGCUGGAAGAGGGCCUUUGUGUUCCCAAGAAAAGGAAAAUUGAUGAGAAAUAUGCAGGGGAGAGUGACCAUCAGUCUGAUGGAGAGACGAGCGUGCAGCCUAUGAUGACCAAAAUAAAAACUGUUCUUAAAAGUCGUGGCCGCCCUCCUACAGAGCCCUUGCCUGAUGGAUGGAUCAUGACAUUCCAUAACUCAGGCAUUCCUGUAUAUCUCCACAGAGAAUCCAGAGUUGUUACCUGGUCCAGACCUUACUUCUUGGGAACAGGAAGUAUAAGGAAACACGACCCUCCUUUGAGUAGCAUUCCUUGUUUGCAUUACAAGAAAAUGAGGGAAAACGAGGAAAGGGAACAAAACAACGACAUAACACCCAAUGGUGAAGUAUCGCCUGUAAAACCCGUGGAUAAAACUUUAGAAUCGGAUUGCCAAGCAGAGGAGCCAGACUCCACCGGUGCUGAUUCAGGAACUGUAGACGAGAAAGACCCUUCUGGGGGAGAUGCAGCACAAGGCGCCUUAGGCCAAGUUAAGGCCAAAGUGGAAGUGUGCAAAGACGAAUCAGUGGAUCUGGAAGAUUUCAGACACUACCUUGAAAAGCGUUUUGAUUUUGAGCAAGUAACUGUAAAAAAGUUCAGAACCUGGGCAGAGAGGCGACAGUUCAACCGUGAGAUGAAGAGAAAACAGGCAGAGUCUGAGCGGCCCAUUCUGCCAGCCAAUCAAAAACUGAUUACCUUGUCUGUACAAGACGCACCUACAAAGAAAGAGUUUGUUAUUAAUCCCAAUGGGAAGUCUGAAGUUUGCAUCCUGCAUGAAUAUAUGCAACGAGUCCUAAAGGUUCGCCCUGUUUACAAUUUCUUUGAAUGUGAGAAUCCAAGUGAGCCUUUUGGAGCCUCUGUCAUUAUUGAUGGAGUGACGUAUGGAGCAGGAACUGCAAGCAGCAAAAAACUGGCCAAGAAUAAAGCUGCCCGAGCUACACUGGAAAUCCUCAUUCCUGACUUUGUAAAGCAGACUUCUGAGGAAAAGCCCAAAGAUAGUGAAGAACUAGAGUAUUUUAACCAUAUCAGUAUUGAAGACUCACGGGUAUAUGAACUGGCCAGUAAAGCUGGACUCUUGUCUCCAUAUCAAAUCCUUCAUGAGUGCCUUAAAAGAAACCAUGGAAUGGGUGACACAUCCAUAAAGUUUGAAGUGAUUCCUGGUAAAAAUCAGAAGAGCGAAUAUGUCAUGACUUGUGGGAAGCACACUGUUCGUGGCUGGUGUAAAAAUAAGCGAGUUGGAAAACAGUUGGCAUCUCAGAAAAUACUCCAGCUGCUUCACCCGCAUGUGAAAAACUGGGGCUCGUUAUUGCGCAUGUAUGGUAGAGAGAGCAGUAAGAUGGUGAAACAGGAAACCUCUGAUAAAAGUGUGAUUGAGCUUCAGCAGUAUGCCAAAAAGAACAAGCCAAAUCUACACAUUCUGAACAAGUUACAGGAAGAAAUGAAGAAAUUGGCGCAAGAAAGGGAGGAAACACGAAAGAAGCCCAAGAUGACGAUUGUAGAGUCUGCUCAGCCUGGUAGCGAACCUCUCUGUACAGUUGACGUGUGACCAGAAGACACAAACAAUUGGGGAGCAAUAAACAAGCAGCAAGAGCUAUUUUUUUUCCAACUAUUAUUUAAGAAUUGGUUUGCUUCAGAAUGCAAAACAACACAACAGUCCAAGCUGCUUCAAAUAUGCAUUGUUCUUCAUCAGGGCAAUAGUACUUUUUUUUUUUUUGAGCUUUUAACCUCUGAGAGAUGCACUUAUACGAGAGAGCAAAAAUCCCCGU